GUCUCUGUAACCUGCACCAUAACAGCCAUGGACUCACAGUGGAGAGAGAAAAAACUAUACCCAGCUCUGGGCAUUCUCACCAUUCUCUUUCUUCUUUACCUCAACUUCAGUGACCACCUCAACUUUUCUUUUCCUAUCGUUUUGUGGCUGCCCAGGAUGAGUUUUGUCGGGGUCAACCACACCAGAUUCGUGCUCUUGGAUGACAAUAAAGAGAUAUUGAAGGAUUUUUAUGUUAAUGGGUGGAAUUCGUAUUGGUUAAUGGAGGAGAGCGUGUGGGGUCCAUCGAGGAAGAGGGUGAAGGAGAUGAUGAAGAGAGGGGAUGAAAUGGGGUUGAGUGUUUGCAGGACUUGGGCUUUCAGUGAUGGUGAUGGGCCCAAUGCUCUGCAGAGUUCACCUGGUGUCUUCAAUGAGAGGGUCUUUCGGGGGUUAGAUUAUGUAAUAGUUGAAGCGCGGAAACAUAGGAUAAGAUUAAUCUUUAGUCUUGUAAAUAAUCUGAAUGCAUUUGGUGGGAAAUCUCAGUAUGUGAGGUGGGCAAAAGAAGCCGGUUUCAAUGUCUCUUCCUCGAGUGAUUCAUUUUUUUCACACCCUAUUAUCAAAGAUUACUACAAGGCGUAUGUCAAGGCCAUUGUAACAAGAAAGAACUCUUUAAGUGGAAUUAAAUAUUCUGAGGAACCAGCUAUAUUUGCUUGGGAACUCAUGAAUGAGCCCCGGUGUGAAUCCAGUUCAUCUGCUCCUGCUCUUCAGGCUUGGAUCACAGAGAUGGCUGCUUUUGUUAAAAGUUUGGACCAGAAACAUCUUGUGACUAUCGGACUUGAAGGGUUUUAUGGCAUGAAAACAACUGAAAAAUCUGGAGUUAAUCCUGGGGAAUGGGCUGCAUCGCUUGGAUCAGACUUCAUACAAAACUCAGAAAUUGACAACAUAGACUUUGCUUCGGUUCAUGCCUAUCCACAUAGCUGGAUUUCACGUGCAGAUUUAGAAACAAAAAUGGAUUUUCUUUCUCAUUGGGUGGACGCUCAUAUAAGUGACGGACUGCACCUUUUGAAGAAACCAGUCCUUUUCACAGAAGUUGGCUUCCCUUUGGGUAUGAAGAGUAAAGGAGUAUAUGAUAGAGAUGUUCUGUUGAAAAUGGUCUAUGAUAAAAUGUCCGAGUCUGCAAAGAAGAGGGAAGCCGGUGCAGGAGCCUUAGUUUGGCAAUUACUGGUUGAAGGAGUGGAAAGAUAUGGUGAUCGUUUUUCUUUUGUAGCGUGGAAGCAUCCCACGACCUAUAAACUGAUUGUUAAGCAAUCAUGCAGGCUGCACAAUAUUUCCUUUCAAGGCCAGGAAAAUAGGAAACGUCCACAUAUGGAUCCAUGCUUUGAUAAGGUCUAUUGAAAACGCUUAUUGAGUAGUCAAAAUUGAAUUGAAUGUGCUGAGAAGGUUUACAUGGGAACGAGAAGGGGAAAAGAAGAAGAGAGAAGCAAGAAAGGGUGAAGGUAAAAUAGUCAUACAUAUACAAAUUUGUGGGAUAUCAAAUUUUUUCAUACUGUUUGAAGAUUUGUGGUUAAAGUAUUUCUGAAGAUGAUGCCAAUUGGCUUUGUACAAGCAACCAAGCCUCUCUGUUGAAUUGUCUAUACAUGUGAUGUGCUUAUUUGUACAUGUUAUAUGCUGUAGCAAGAGACUGUAACCAUCGCUCGAUUUUGAGAUCAUUGAGCAGUUCAUAUUUUUUGAU